AGGAAAAACUCUCUUCGCCUUUUCUCGCCCGCUUCAGUCUCGCUUCCUCCGCCGCUGCUGACUUGGCUUUUACCGUUUGCGGGUGCUGGAAGGCGGGAUCCCCUCAGGCUCACCCACCGCGGCUGCGCCGGAGCUCAGCAAGCAACGGGAGACAUGUUUGACUCGUGCUGAAGAAAGAGUGAUGUCAGAUAUCUUCCUGCUGAGGUCAGAGUCACUCCAUCAUCACGGCGAAGGCUUCCAUCAUGGCUACUUCUGGCCCAAAGACUGGACCAAGUGAACUCUAAAGGAAACACACCAAGCAUCCAAAGCAUGUAGUGUAGUUCUUACCUUAGGCUAGGGUCUGCGUUUUCCCCUCAAAGCUUCAUGUUUUUGGUUUGCAUUUGUGUAGCGAGGUCUAUUGUGAGUCCAUGACAAGAAGGUGACAGAGAAGUAGAAAAAGUAACACAGCGACAUGGUCCUCCACAUUACCCCUUAUUCCACUUCCUGUCUGUGCUUCCUGGACGGCUUGUCAUGGAGCCUGGUGUUCCCCUGCUACUGGCUCCUGGAUCAGCUUCUGGCCUCCUGCGUGGCGACCUCGCUGGAGAAACGCCGGCGCUCUCGGGAUCCGUGUUCCCUCCUGACUCUCUGCGUGUUGUUCAUGGCGCCACUUUACUUGCUCCUCCUCCUCACCUCGCUGCCUUUCGCUCUGCUGGGCUUCAUCAUCUGGGCACCUCUGCAGGCCGUCCGCCAGCCCUACCUGUACACCUAUAGCAGACCAGACACACACCAGACUGAGCAGGGCGAGUCUGGGUCAGGGUUUGUUGGGGCGAAAGAGUGGAGACCUCAGGGCAAGAGCUUCUGUUUCUGCAGUGCCAAUGUCUGCCUGCUGCCUGACUCCCUGGCCAGGUUCAACAACCUGUCCAACACCCACAGGAGAGCACGGGAAGUGGGGAAAAGGAUCCGCAACGGUGCCUGUCGGCCUCAGAUUAAAAUCUACAUCGAUUCACCCACCAACACUUCUAUCAGUGCCACAUCUUUCAGCAGUCUGGCCGCAGGAUUUCGUCGUACAUCCUCCGUGGACCAGCGACCGGACCAUACACACACUAUUAAUGGUCCAUCAGAAACUGAAACUGAGCCUCUCACUGAGUGUCCGAUUCACCCCUCAGGUGCAACAGGCUGCCCAUUUCAUCCAUCUGCAGGAGUGCAGGGAUCCUCUGGAUGUCCCCUUCACCAAGAUGCUGAAGAGACCAAAGUGGAUUGCCCCCUCCAUCCUGUGGAAACUAACAGCAGCUCAGACUGUCCUUUACAUUCUUUGGCCGACACCCCAGACUGUCCUUUGCAUUGUUUGAAUAAUGCUCCAGACUGUCAUAUUCAUCCUGUGGCUGAUGCCCCAAGCUGUCCUUUGCAUUCUGUGGCUGAUGCUCCAGACUGUCCUAUGCAUUCUGUGGACGAUUCCCCGGGCUGUCCUUUGCAUUAUGUGGCCGAUGCCCCUGGCUGUCCUUUGCAUUCUGUGGCCGAUGCCCCAGGCUGUCCUUUACAUUCUGUGGGGGAUGCUCCAGCCGGUCCUAUGCACUCCACAGGAGCUCAGAGCGGUCUCAGCAAUCAUGGCUGCUCAAUGCAUGGGAAAGAGAAAAAAGAGAAAACCGCCGCUAACUGCCCACUUCACACAUCAGGGGUUCAGAUCAGCAUCAGUGCCCCAGAGCCAGAACCCCAAGAGGUGACAGAAACAGGUAACCAUCAGUCAUGGGAGCCUGCAGGCGGCGACAUGGGCAGCAUGACCGCCUCAAAAGAAUCUCUUGCUCGAUACCAUGGAGGCGAUGGUGUAGGAGUGAUCUCCUCGAACAACACACUCUCUCAUGUGCCUCGCACUUCAAUAUUUAAGCGCCCCGGUAGGAAGCGUCGCCACGGAGAUGAGACGUUCGACCAUGAGAUUUCUGCCUUCUUCCCUGCCAACUUGGAUUUCCUUGCCCUGCAGGAAGUUUUUGACCAUGGUUCGACAACUCGACUGCGGCAACAGUUGCACCGAUACUUCCCCUAUGUGCUGAGUGAUGUCGGGCGGUACGGCUGGAAAGGUUGCGGUUCCAGUUUCAAAUUCCUGAACAGUGGCCUGAUGCUGGCAAGUCGAUACCCAAUCCUUGAUGCACGCUAUGAGUGCUACCCCAAUGGAAGAGGAGAGGAUGCACUAGCAGCCAAAGGAGCACUUUUUGCCAAGGUCCAUGUGGGAACAUCCCAUCAAGAGCAGAGGAUUGUGGGAUACCUGACAUGCACACACCUCCACGCCAUAGAAGGUGACGCCGCUGUGAGAUGUGAGCAGCUGGAUUGGUUGCUCCGAUGGGGAGAGGAGUUUCGCCAAGCUUCGUCACAACUCACGGAAGGACAGAAAGCGCUAGAAGACCUCGUGGCCUUUGACGUCCUUCUGGGAGACCUCAACUUCGACAAUUGCUCUUCAGAGGACAAGCUGGAACAGCAGCAUGCAGUUUUUACUUUAUACAAGGAUCCGUGUCGCCAGGGACCAGGAGAGGACAAACCUUGGGCUCUGGGUACACUGCUGGACCCCAGUGGCCUUUAUGAUGAUGACGUCAGCUCACCGGAAAAUUUACAAAAAGUGAUGGAGAAUGAGGAGGGCAGGAAGGAGUACCUGGUGUUUCCUCCCAGUAAGAACCAGUGUCACCCCAGCAACCAGAAAGGGCGGAAGAUUCCACUGAAAGGAAACGGACGGCGGAUUGAUUACAUCAUGUACAGCGAUGAGGGUCUGCAACAGGACUGGAAACUGGAAGUUGAGGAGGUGAGCUUCAUCACACAGUUGGCGGGCCUGACAGAUCACAUGCCUGUAGCCAUGCGAUUGGCUGUCGCGACAGGGGAGGAGGAGUCUUAAAGCACCAGCAUGUUGUCAAAGUGCUGCCAUCGAAGGAUGAGAGUCAACCGAGCGGAGCAGACGAAGUUGUUGAGGACAAGAGAAGGCUGAGAGGGACGAUGUUUCGUGAGUAGCCUGAAGGGACACAAGUGGACGGAUGGAAGGAAAAGCCAUGUGACUCAUAGUUGGGGCAAAUAGGGUUCCAAAAUCAGAGCGACGAUCAUAUCUCUGAUGAAACACAUACAGCUUGCACACCAACGCAAGCCAUUGCCAUGUUUGUUAGCGCAUCCUCUCUGCUACACUUCCUGUUGCCAUUGUUUACACGUUUAUACUGCAUCUCUUGUACCCACACAAACCUUUAGCGACUGUGCAUAAACACAUGAAAAAUGACCACACUCGGUCCACCACACGCUUCACUCUUCUGCCUGUUUGUUACUCAGAAAUGUAUUUCCUGCUGCACCAACGAUAAAAACGAUAAAAGCAAAACGUAUUCUGGGGGGAUUGUUUUACUCGUACUAUAGUGACUCCAACCCUUUCAUGGGUUACAGGCGGUCCUCCUGUUACGAUAUUUCAUGUAACAACGUUUUCUGUUAUGACGUUUCCUGUCACAGCGUUUAACGUAAUAGGAUGUUCCUUGUUACGACAUUUCAUGUUUCAUAUAACGACGUACAAGGUCUUCUGUUACGUCGUUUCAUGUUACCAUACCUCAUUUAAUGUUACAGUAUGUCGUUUCAUAUUACGGUGUUUCAUGUUACGGCGUUUUCCGUUAUGACAUUUUCCGUUAGGGCAUUUCCUGUUACGACAUUUCAUAUUACACUGUUUCCCGUAGUGACGUCCUAACGUUUCUUGUUAGGACAUUUCUUGUUACAAUACUUCCUGUUAUGAUAUUUUAUGUUUUCACGUUCACAUAACCACGUUUUCUGUUAUGACGGUUCUUGUUACGUCGUUUCAUGUUACAGUACGUUGUUUCAUAUUAAGGUGUUUUAUAUUACUGUUUCAUAAUACAGUAUUUCACGUUACGACGUUUUCCCGUUACGCCAUUUCAUUUUACGGUGUUUCAACAUACGGUAUGUCAUGUUACGAUGUUUCCUGUUACAUCCCUUUGUUACGACAUUUCAUGUAUUUAAGUUUUAACACAACAUUUCCUGUGAGGGUUUUUCCCUUUACGAGGUUCCCUGCUACAUCCUUUCAACUGCCGCCGUUACAUGUAACAACGUCUCAUGUAACGUUUCUUGUUACAACGUUUCCCGUCACAGGGUUUCGCGUUAGGUUUUGUGGUCACGGUACACUCCUACAAUUUUUAUUGCGGAGGAAUGCGUAGAAGAAAAAAUACAUAUUUGUGUCGCCGCACUGUGGAAGUACGACGACAAUGUCCCUUUGUUCUUUUUAGUUAACAUUUUUCCUUCAUGAUGUCUCCCAAGCUUGUGUCAGAUUUUUCUAAUGGCAGCGCAUUAAAGAAAGUGAAAGUGAAGUAAAAUGACACAUGGUAUAAUGUUAAGAAAGUGUAUAAAUCAAUAUUGGUUGUAUGCUCGGUCAAAGACGCUUAAACAUCACAACCAUCAUGUGGGAUGAACAUUUUAUUUUUGACCACUAGUUAGUUAAGCAGCGUAGUGGUCUCAUUAUUGAAACUUCCUGUCUUUUCCUCACUUGCAACGACCCUUCCAGUGUGCAAGACGAGCCCAGUUAUUUUUUUUAAUUUAAUUCAUGUGUUUCAUCUUUGUAUUGUUGCAUUUUGCAUGUACUCAAUGUGUUCUCCUUACAGUAUAAUUCAUUUUGAUUUCAUUUAAAUACAAUAUUUGACCUACAGUACAGGCCAAAAAAUUGGACACACCUUCUCCUCAUUCAAUGCGUUUUCUUUAUUUUCAUGACUUACAUUGUAGAUUGUCACUGAAGGCAUCAAAACUAUGAAUGAACACAUGUGGAGUUAUGUCAUACUUGCCAACCCUCCCGGAUUUUCCGGGAGACUCCCGAAAUUCAGCGCCUCUCCCGAAAACCUUCUGGGACAAAUUUUCUCCCGAAAAUCUCUCGAAAUUCAGGCGGACCUGAGUGACGUGUCGACAGCCUGUUUUCACGUCCGCUUUCCCACAAUAUAACAGUGUGCCUGCCCAAUCACGUUAUAACUGUAGAAUGAUGGAGGGCGAGUUCUUGGUUUCUUAUGCGGGUUUAUUGUUAGGCAGUUUCAUUAACGUCCUCCCAGCGCGGUAACAACACACAACAACAGCAGUCACGUUUUUGUCUACCGUAAAGCAGUUCGUCUGCCGUAAACAGCAAUGUUGUGACACUCUUAAACACGACAAUACUGCUAUCUACUGUACAUGGGACAAUAACAUCUACAGCUUUUAGAGAGUGCAGUGCACAACUGCGCACACAACAAGGAGACGAAGCAGAAUGCAUCAU